UUCAGAAAUUUCCAAGCUGAACCUACAUUUUUUCCCCAGAACGCUUUACUGUAAGAUCGCAGAGAUUCGAAAACAAAGGUAGCGUUUAAGCAUUGGCAAAAGCAACAGAGACUCAGUGGAGAGCUUCAAUGGCGGAGAAGCCGCAACCGGUUCGCGUUCUAUACUGUCCGGUUUGCAGUCUCCCCGCAGAAUACUGUGAAUUUGGACCAGAUUUUGAGAAAUGCAAACCCUGGCUGAUUGAAAACGCUCCCAAGCUGUAUCCCGAUCUCAUUAAAGAAGCAAAUGAGAAGGAAGCAGAUAAGGUUUCCGCACAACUCCAAUCGGUUGGAAUUUCUUCCGCCGGCGUUGAUGGGUCCGCUUCUGCUGUUACUCCAGGAGGCACUUCAACAUCGAAGCAAGAAGUAAAACGUCUUCCUGGUGGAAAGAUAAAGAAGAAAGAUAAGCAAGAAGUUGUUAUCGAAAAAGUUGUUCGUAACAAACGCAAAUGUGUUACCAUGGUGAAAGGACUAGACCUUUUCGGAAUUAAACUCAGUGAUGCUUCCAAGAAACUCGGGAAAAAAUUUGCUACAGGAGCAUCUGUUGUUAAGGGUCCAACUGAGAAGGAGCAAAUUGAUGUCCAAGGAGACAUAUCCUAUGAUAUCGUGGAGUUCAUCACAGAGACCUGGCCUGAUGUGCCAGAUACUGCUAUUUAUUUCAUCGAGGAUGGCAGAAAGGUGGCUGCUGCAUAAAUUGGUGUUUAAGAAGAAUGUUGGUGCUGACUGUUGACUGGAUGAUAUAAUCUUUUUUGCAAAAUAUCAAAAAAAGGGGCCAUUUGAUCUUCCACUCCAGAGAGUUACUUACUUCUCACCGAAUCACGGUGCUUUUAAAUAGACAGGUUUGGGACCUGUUAUUUGACCUUGUUGCUGGAGAUAAACAUGUUUUUUGCAAUUUAAAUGUUUGUAGAAAAACGAUGGAUGUCUUCUGUACAUAGACGUCAGUUCUUUUUAUUGCCUCAUGAUAUAUCUUAAUAUGUGCUUGAUAAA